UAGUGUGCAUCCAGUGAAAAGAGUGGAGACCUGUAAAUUUGGCUACUGUAAAUUAUGUUGUAUGCUUCAUCUUGUUGUACUGCCAGUAUAAAAAAUAUCUAAGUUAAAUGAGAUCAAAAUAAUUGAUGAUUAAUGCACUUUGUUUCGUAACAAAAUAUCUCGUCCUAGAUUUAAUUCACACGGAAACAAUCGAACGACGAUAAGGACAUCGUAAGUUCUGUGGUAAUUACCCUGCCAAUUAUAAGCAGUUACGCAACGCUAAUCAUUCUUUCUUUUUGUUCCUGUUGAUUUAAUUGCUUUGUUUUCGUAAUUUUAAUAUCUAUAUUUUUAAAAUAAUGGAAACAUCUUCUUGUAAGCUAUUUUCAGCUUGAACUUCAGAGGCGACACAAGUGAAAAAAAAGUUUUUGUAAAAAAGAAAACAAUAUUGCCAUCAUGCAUACACUGGGGAAAUUGAUGCUAAUUUUUACAUGUAGUUGCAUCUUUGCUGCAGAUCUUUAUGAUUAUGGAGGUAUUUACGACAAAGAGUUUAAUAAAGAUACAAGUGAUAGGAAAAAUAUAGGGCAGUUUAAAUCGACGUAUGUAGAAUGGAAGUUAACUAACCCGAUUAGACUCUUUGGCGAUCAAAAUAGUAAUGGUGUAGUGAAAAACCAAAUUCAUAUCCACGCAAGUGGCAUUAUCACAUUUACUGAACCUCUGGAUAUCUGUCCGUCUAGUGACACAUCAUUUCCCGGGCUUUAUAUCGCCCCAUAUUGGGUACAAGUGGAUCUAAACCGAGGCGGCAAAGUAUACUACAGACAAGAAGACCCGUCCUCCAGCAACAGUAAGCAUACUAACUACACAGAAAUAGUUGAAGAAAUUAAUCGAGGCAAAAACGAGUUGAAAGAGGCAAAAGCUGAUGGUGACAUAACAGUUUCAGAUUUGACGUCAGUAAUUUUUAUCACUUGGGAGCAAAUGAGACCACCUUUGAACUUUUUUUCAUUGGGUGAUCAUCGUAACACAUUUCAACUUGUUAUAGUCACCACUCCUACAAGACAAUUCGCUUUGUUUCUAUACGAACGACUGGAUUACUAUAUUUUUCCUUCCUUUCAGUACUAUUGCGGACAAGCGGCUGUGGCUGGAUUAAACCAUCGCGGAAUAUCAUACAACUUCCAGAUGACAGACUUCUUCUAUCUAGCUCCUUAUAAUCUAUUACUACAUUCAAACAUCUUUCCUUACAACAAGUUGAGAAGAUACCUUAUAUUAAUACGAGAUAUCAAAGCUACGGUUAGACAACCUGCUCCACCAAGACUCAACUGUACUGUUCCUGAAAAUCAAAAAGAUCCAUACUGCACACACGGUAUCCAUCCUUCUUUCUGCGCUCUACAUGCUCCUGGUAUCUAUCCACAUCCUAGCAGAUGUAACAACUUUGUGCUUUGUGGACCAAAUGGAAAGCUGAAUGUUGAAAGAUGCCCUUCUGGUGUAAGAUACAAUCCAUCUAUACGGGGAUGUGAUUGGAAUGGUUACUAUAGAUGCAAUGAUGUCCAACAACUACGACUAAUUGGUUUGGCACAAUCCGAUUCCUUUAACACACUUAUCAGCGUGCGAUAUUUGAUUAACCAAAACACUUAUACAGCCUUUCAUAACAAUACUUGUUUUGGUAUUCCAGAAUGGGGAAAUGCUGAAGAUAUAUCCUCUUGCGAGAAUUACCUUAUGUGUUCAAAUACCCGAACAUAUCGCCUGCCCUGCCCUUUAUCAUGGAAUGGCGAGCAGUUAUAUUACAAUAGAGAGAAAAAUUACUGCGACUACAAGCAUAAUGUCGUAUGUGAAAACGGUAAAAGACCAGCAGGCCCAACCACACCUUUCUUUGUUCCUACCACAACUAGCACAACCACAAGACGUCGAACGACAACGACUACUAUCCAUCCUCCGGGUGCAUGUCAAGGGAUUGUCUCUGGUAAUGAUAUUGACCCAACAUCGUGUGCACAUUACUUCUCUUGUCAAAAUGGAAAUGUUCUUCACAGAUUUGAAUGUCAGUUAGGCUUUAACAAUCAACGUCUAUUUUACAAUCGUGAAAAAAAUUAUUGUGAUUAUCAAAGCAAUGUUGAUUGUGGUGAUGGCAUACGUCCUAUUACAACCGCAUCAGUACCUACAACUAAAAUUCCUACAACAAAGAUUGUUCCUACUGAAUACCUAACAGAAUGGUCCUCCUGGACCCUAACUAAUUGGGGCGCAUGGGAAGACGUUGGAAGGCCACUUUAAAAUAGGUCAGGUUUAUAGUAACAUGUGUGUGUGUAAACAUUCUUAGCUACAUAAUCUGUAGACCAGAUAAAGCUGAGUCGUCAUUGAAUUUAAGACCACUGAUUACAAGGCUAGAGUACUGCAGCAUAAAAUCCACCAACACUCUCUGUACAGAAAUAUUUGCUAUAUUUAUUUGGGAAAUAAAGUUUUACGACAA